AUGAGGCUUGUCGAGCUUUGUAGCUCUGGAACGCCUAUUGAUCUCGGCAACAAUUGUAUUCGAGCAUGGUGGACCGGCUUACUGCCCGCCUCUGUGGUCCUGUUCAACCUGUCAAGAUAUACAUACAAGAAAGUUGUUCCAAAGAACUAUCGCCCACUUUCGUCGACAUUUUCCGACUUUCUCCCAUUGGAAGAGGCCGUCCAAUUGCAGCAGCUUUCUCCAACCAGUUCUAUAGUAGAGGCAGCCGGAAACCAUGAAGACCAUGAAGCAGUGGACAACUCUUACGCAGAAAACAAGACCAAAUGGAACCGAGGCGUGCUGGUUUUGCCAGCAGUCGUCGAGUUUGGAUUCUGGCUCACAUGGCUCAUUACUCACGUGUACCACGCCAUAAAUAACACCUCGGGAGAUGGGAGCCAUGCUCCUCCGACCUAUGAGCUCACAAAGGGGUCACUGCUGGCGCUUUCGUGGCUCUACGCAUGUAUUCGGCCCCUGUUCAUCCGCAAGCGCGUUCUGACCGCUCCAUACGACCUCUUCUCGCUCUACAUCUCGAUGCUCGUCGUCCUUGUCAUCAAUGUAGGAGCCUACUUAUUCAAAGAAUACGUUCGUGGCAAGCACGGAAUCCCUGAAACCCCUACAUCUCACUCACAGGCGGUGGCUAUCCUGAUACACCUCCUCUGCUUGUUCAUUCUACUUUUCGCUACACUCUCGCUUCCGAUGAAUGUUCCUCCCCCAGGUGUCAACGCCGAGGAGAUUGGAAAGAGUGUCACACCAGAGGACUACACUCCACUCUGGGGUUGGAUAACGUUCUGGUGGGUCCAUCCACUCCUGAAGAGGGGUACCGGACGUACGCUGGAGGAAAAGGAUGUGUGGGCGCUGUCGCCCGGACUCUCCUCCAAGCCCCUCUUUAUCAAGUUUCAAGCACUGCUGUCGACCCUCCCAUCUUUCGGAUCACCAGGAGAAGACAAAGUCACGAAACGUCGCAUGUCUCUGUUGAAGCAGCUCUGGAAAGCCAACUCGCUCGACCUUAUCCUCGACGCUCUACUCACGCUGACUUCUGUCAUCUUCAACUACGCCAGUCCCUUCUUCCUCAAGAAAAUCCUCGAUGCGGUGUCUCAACCCUCAUCUGGUGCUGGACCUGUCCUCUUAAGCAACUCAGACUCGUUCAGUCACCACUUAAUGACACUCUUACGCAAUCCUCGCGAAAUACGAGGGCAGGCAUAUGUUUAUGCGUUCCUCGCCUUCUUCUCCUCGGUCCUCAAAGCCCAAUCUGAUCUCCAGCAUCUUUGGUACGCACGGAGAGCUUCGACGAGGAUAAGAUCCGAGUUGAUGGCAGCAAUCUACGAGAAGAGCCUGAAGCGCAAGGACUUUUCUGGUAGUGUUCAAAAGGCUACUGAUGACAAGGUCAAGGGCAAAGGAGAUGCCGAUGCAAAGGGAAAGAGUAAGGACGAUACCAAGAAGGCUGGGGCGGAUAUCGGAAAGCUUGUCAACAUCAUGAGCAACGAUGCGAACCGGGUGUCUCAGACUGUAUCUGCAUUCACCAUGCUUUACGCUGCACCUCUGGAGCUCGUCAUUGGAUCAAUCUUCCUUUACCAACUUCUAGGCUUUAGCGGGUUCGCAGGAUUCGUGGUCCUUAUCAUCGGCUCCCCUCUCAACAACUACUUGAUGCGUCGAGGUAGGGAGAUACAAAGGGCGGUCCAGGAGGCCCGGGACAAGCGCAUGAAGGUCCUCAACGAGUUGGUCUCUGAAGCAAAGUUUAUCAAGUUUGGUGCCAGCGAGGAUAAAUGGAUCGAGAAGUGUCUUGCUGCGCGUGGAGUGGAACUAAAGUUGAUUAUCAGGGGCGUUAUAAACUCUAUCGGUUUCAGUCUCACUUGGGGCUUGGCUCCUGUCCUUGUGUCCAUCAUUUCCUUUGCACUUUACGUGUAUACGGGCCACCAUCUCACAGUAUCUGUUGCAUUCACCGCGAUUCAAAUAUUCUCAAUGAUCAAAACACCUAUGAACGUUAUCCCAGCUUUCCUUGCCAUGCUACUGUCGACUCAAGUGUCAUUGGAUCGCAUUAAUCAGUACCUAGACGAAGAAGAGGUUCCAGCAUUUGUCUCAGCUCUGAUAGAAGAGGACGAUACGGCAGUGGUAGCGCCAACAGGUACUUCAGACGAAAGAUUAGGCAUCAAGAAUGGCUGGUUCCGAUGGAAUCUGGCAGUCGAACCGCCAGUGAAGCCAAAAUCCAGCGCAAGUUGGAAGUUUUGGAAACGGCGCCAGGCAGACGGUAGUCAAUCAGUCCUCCCAACUGCAACAAAUGGAAAUGUGCAUCAGCGACAGGAUACAGAUGCUACGGCUGUCGAAGUGCCUCGAUUCGAGCUGCAGGAUAUCAACAUCAUCUUCCCUACUGGCAAGCUUUCGCUUGUGACCGGACCCACAGCCUCUGGCAAAUCUGCGCUCCUAAUGGCGCUCCUCGGCGAGAUGACACCAGUCGAGCAAGGGGCUUCUAAGCCAGUUAAUUUCUUGCCAAAGCAUCCAACGCAGUUAGAUCAAGAAACAGGUCUACGUAAUAGUGUUGCGUACUGUGCACAGACGCCAUGGCUCGAGCAUCUGACAAUUCGGGACAACAUUCUGUUUGGUUCGCCAUUUGAGAAGGCGAGAUACGACCAAGUCAUUGAACAAUGCGCCCUCAAACCGGAUUUGGACAUUCUUGAAGAUGGUGAUAUGACGGAAAUUGGAGCACGAGGUGUCUCUCUUUCUGGUGGACAGAAGGCCAGGGUGGCUUUGGCUCGGGCUGUCUACUCUAGGAGCAAGCACAUUCUCUUGGAUGAUCCUCUUAGCGCAGUUGACAGUCAUACAGCGCGCCAUUUGGUUGAUAAGCUGCUUCGGGGUCCUCUUAUGGCCAACCGCACCGUUGUUCUCGUGACACAUCAUGUCGAACUCGUACUUUCAUCUGCUCAUUACUUUGUUCGCAUGCUCGAUGGUCGGAUCGAUAUUCAAGGAACUGUCACAGACUUGCAAUCAGACGGGCGUCUCGAGAUUUUUGUUCACGAAGCCGAGGCAAACGCCGAGCCCGAGGUCGUGACCGCUGAAGAAUUAGCGGUAGCUGCUACCGAGGACACACAAGAAGCAGUCGAUGGUGAUUCGAAUAAGGCAGCACCUUCGAAGAAGAAGCAGGCGAAGAAACUUGUCGAGGCUGAGGCUCGUGCCCGUGGUAGUGUCAAAUGGAAGGUAUACAAGGCAUAUCUUGUAGCAACGGGAUAUCUUACGUGGGUUUUCCUACUUAUGAUUCUUGGCUUGUCCCAAUUAGGAGGCGUUACGGAAAAGCUUUGGAUGCAGAUAUGGGGAGAGGCCGGGAGUGCAACCGAAUCGUCACCAGCCGUACACUUCUCGACAUUCCACAGGACAAUGGCUCAAGAGUUUGCAUACCACGACGUCCAAAUUACAACUUCAUAUCGAUACCCAAAUAACACUUUCAACCCAUUCACGUCUACUGUCGCCAUCAGUGCGGAGAAUCCAUUCCCGACCGACCGCUUCCCUUCAGCGAAUGAGCAUCCACUGUUUUAUGUUGGCGUAUUUGCCUGUAUUGGAAUUGGUGUCGUUUUUGUCAACAUUCUAGGACAAAUCAUUUUGUCGAUUGGAGCAUACAAGGCCUCCAAGCAAAUGUUUGCGGACUUGCUCAAGAUGGUCAUGAGGGCCACCAUGCGUUGGUUCGACACCACUCCUACAGGCGAGUGCAUCGUGACUGUGCGAGCAUUCUCUGCGGAGCGACGAUUCCUCGAAAAUCUGCACACGCGGGUGGAUGACACGACCAAAUACUUUUACAACUUUUGGAUGCUCAAUCGCUGGUUAUUGCUCAACUUUGAUCUGCUUGGCGCAACCUCGGUGCUCCUUACCACCUUACUUGUUCUUGGAGGCUUCAUAUCCGACUGGCUAGCUGGUCUUACUAUCACCAGUGCUAUGAACUUUACUAGCAGUGUCUAUUGGACAUGCAGAAUGGUGACUCAACUAGAGCUAGAUCUCAACUCCGUUGAACGCGUCGUCGAAUACAUGGAAUUGCCUCAAGAGCCACCAGCGGUCAUCGAGAAUAGUCGACCACCAGCAUAUUGGCCAUCGAUCACCUCGAGUUCGGAGGCAAUAGUGAACGUCAAUAACUUGGUCAUCAAAUAUGCACCUGAUUUACCCGCUGUUCUGCACGGCGUCAGCUUUGAUGUAAAAGCAAGAGAGAAGAUUGGACUUCUCGGACGAACGGGCAGUGGAAAGUCCACUCUCGCCAUGUCUCUCCUGCGCUUCGUCGAGCCGACAGAGGGGAACAUUACCAUCGACGGUAUUGAUAUCGGCAACAUUGGAUUACACGACCUAAGAAAGCGAGUCACCUUUAUUCCUCAAGAUAGCGUCCUCUUCUCCGGCACCAUCCGAGAGAACCUGGAUCCAUUCUCCGAACAUACAGAUGAGGAGUGCCUAGAUGCAUUGUAUCGUGUCGGACUUAUCUCAGAGGCAACAUAUGCCUCGCGUCGUUCGACUCGUCCGUCGUCGGUUGUGGACGUAUCCCCUCCUCAAGAAGCAGAGGAGACUCCCUCUGUACCGGGGACGAGCACACCCCAGGACGAUAAGCUCUCCAAGGUCGAUUUGGACACUGACGUCUCUGCCCGAGGGGCCAAUUUUAGUCAGGGACAGCGACAGUUGAUGUCGAUGGCAAGGGCUCUCUUGCGUCAAAGCAGCAUUGUCAUCCUCGACGAAGCCACAUCCAGCAUCGACUUUAAAACGGACGCAAAGAUUCAAGCUGCAGUGCGCGAAGAGUUUAAGAAUUCGUGUCUGAUCACCAUCGCUCACCGUAUACGAACCGUAAUUGACUAUGACCGUCUGCUUAUCUUGGAUAAAGGGAAUAUUGUUGAAUUCGACACACCGUGGAAUCUUAUUCGGAAGGAGGGGGGAUUGUUCAGAGACAUGUGUCUCAAGAGCGGGACCUUUAGCAAACUGGAGAAGGCAGCCAAACAAGCGGCGAAUAUCGUCAAUGUCGCUACCAGAAGUGCAUCUUUGGACUCGGCCGCGACUCUCUUCAUGAAGCUUGUCGAGCUUUGUAGCUCUGGAACACCUAUUGAUCUCGGCAACAAUUGUAUUCGAGCAUGGUGGACCGGCUUACUGCCCGCCUCUGUGGUCCUGUUCAACCUGUCAAGAUAUACAUACAAGAAAGUUGUUCCAAAGAACUAUCGCCCACUUUCGUCGACAUUUUCCGACUUUCUCCCAUUGGAAGAGGCCGUCCAAUUGCAGCAGCUUUCUCCAACCGGUUCUAUAGUAGAGGCAGCCGGAAACCAUGAAGACCAUGAAGCAGUGGACAAAUCUUACGCAGAGAAAAAGGCCAAAUGGAAACGAGGCGUGCUGGUUGUACCAGCAGUCGUCGAGUUUGGAUUCUGGCUCACAUGGCUCAUUACUCACGUGUAUCACGCCAUAGAUAACACCUCGGGAGAUGGGAGCCAUACUCCUCCGACCUAUGAGCUCACAAAGGGAUUACUGCUGGCGCUUUCGUGGCUAUACGCAUGUAUUCGGCCCCUGUUCAUCCGCAAGCGCGUUCUGACCGCUCCAUACGACCUCUUCUCACUCUACAUCUCGAUGCUCGUCAUUCUUAUCAUCAAUGUAGGAGCCUACGUAUUCAAAGAAUACGUUCGUGGCAAUUACGGAAUCCCUGAAACCCCUACACCCCACUCACAGGCGGUGGCUAUCCUGAUACACCUCCUCUGCCUGUUCGUUCUACUUUUCGCUACACUCUCGCUUCCGAUGAAUGUUCCUCCUCCAGGCGUCAACGCCGAGGAGAUUGGAAAGAGUGUCACACCAGAGGACUACACUCCACUCUGGGGUUGGAUAACGUUCUGGUGGGUCCAUCCACUCCUGAAGAGGGGUACCGGACGUACGCUGGAGGAAAAGGAUGUGUGGGCGCUGUCGCCCGGACUCUCCUCCAAGCCCCUCUUUAUCAAGUUUCAAGCACUGCUGUCGACCCUCCCAUCUUUCGGAUCACCAGGAGAAGACAAGGUCAAGAGACGUCGCAUGUCUCUGUUGAAGCAGCUCUGGAAAGCCAACUCGCUCGACCUUAUCCUCGAUGCUCUAUUCACGCUGACUUCUGUCAUCUUCAACUACGCCAGUCCCUUCUUUCUCAAGAAAAUCCUCGAUGCAGUAUCUCAACCCUCAUCUGGCGCUGGACCUGUCCUCUUAAGCAACUCAGACUUGUUCAGUCACCACUUGAUGUCACUCUUACGCAAUCCUCGCGAAAUUCGAGGGCAGGCAUACGUUUAUGCGUUCCUCGCCUUCUUCUCUUCGGUCCUCAAAGCCCGGUCCGAUGUCCAGCAUCUUUGGCAUGGACGGAGGGCUUCGAUGAGGAUAAGAUCCGAGUUGAUGGCAGCAAUCUACGAGAAGAGCCUGAAGCGCAAGGACUUUUCUGGUAGUGUUCAAAAGGCUACUGAUGACAAGGUCAAGGGCAAAGGGGAUGCCGAUGCAAAGGGAAAGAGUAAGGACGAUACCAAGAAGGCUGGGGCAGAUAUCGGAAAGCUUGUCAACAUCAUGAGCAACGAUGCGAAUCGGGUGUCUCAGACUGUAUUUGCAUUCACCAUGCUUUACGCUGCACCUCUGGAGCUCGUCAUUGGAUCAAUCUUCCUUUACCAACUUCUAGGCUUUAGCGGGUUCGCAGGAUUCGUGGUCCUUAUCAUCGGUUCCCCUCUCAACAACUACUUGAUGCGUCGAGGUAGGGAGAUACAAAGGGCGGUCCAGGAGGCCCGGGACAAGCGCAUGAAGGUCCUCAACGAGUUGGUUUCUGAAGCAAAGUUUAUCAAGUUUGGUGCCAGCGAGGAUAAAUGGAUCGAGAAGUGUCUUGCUGCGCGUGGAGUGGAACUAAAGUUGAUUAUCAAGGGCGUUAUAAACUCUAUCGGUUUCAGUCUCACUUGGGGCUUGGCUCCUGUCCUUGUGUCCAUCAUUUCCUUUGCACUUUACGUGUAUACGGGCCACCAUCUCACAGUAUCUGUUGCAUUCACCGCGAUUCAAAUAUUCUCAAUGAUCAAAACACCUAUGAACGUUAUCCCAGCUUUCCUUGCCAUGCUACUGUCGACUCAAGUAUCAUUAGAUCGCAUUGAUCAGUACCUAGACGAAGAAGAGGUCCCAGCAUUUGUCUCAGCUCUGAUAGAAGAGGACGAUACGGCAGUGGUAGCGCCAACAGGUACUUUAGACGAAAGAUUAGGCAUCAAGAAUGGCUGGUUCCGAUGGAAUCUGGCAGUCGAACCGCCAGUUAAGCCAAAAUUCAAUACAAGUUGGAAGUUUUGGAAACGGCGCCAGGCAGACGGUAGUCAAUCAGUCCUCCCAACUGCAACAAAUGGAAAUGUGCAUCAGCGACAGGAUACAGAUGCUACGGCUGUCGAAGUGCCUCGAUUCGAGCUGCAGGAUAUCAACAUCAUCUUCCCUACUGGCAAGCUUUCGCUUGUGACCGGACCCACAGCCUCUGGCAAAUCUGCGCUCCUAAUGGCGCUCCUCGGCGAGAUGACACCAGUCGAGCAAGGGGCUUCUAAGCCAGUUAAUUUCUUGCCAAAGCAUCCAACGCAGUUAGAUCAAGAAACAGGUCUACGUAAUAGUGUUGCGUACUGUGCACAGACGCCAUGGCUCGAGCAUCUGACAAUUCGGGACAACAUUCUGUUUGGUUCGCCAUUUGAGAAGGCGAGAUACGACCAAGUCAUUGAACAAUGCGCCCUCAAACCGGAUUUGGACAUUCUUGAAGAUGGUGAUAUGACGGAAAUUGGAGCACGAGGUGUCUCUCUUUCUGGUGGACAGAAGGCCAGGGUGGCUUUGGCUCGGGCUGUCUACUCUAGGAGCAAGCACGUUCUCUUGGAUGAUCCUCUUAGCGCAGUUGACAGUCAUACAGCGCGCCAUUUGGUUGAUAAGCUGCUUCGGGGUCCUCUUAUGGCCAACCGCACCAUUGUUCUCGUGACACAUCAUGUCGAACUCGUACUUUCAUCUGCUCAUUACUUUGUUCGCAUGCUCGAUGGUCAGAUUGAUAUUCAAGGAACUGUCACAGACUUGCAAUCAGACGGGCGUCUCGAGAUUUUUGUUCACGAAGCCGAGGCAAACGCCGAGCCCGAGGUCGUGACCGCUGAAGAAUUAGCGGUAGCUGCUACCGAGGACACACAAGAAGCAGUCGAUGGUGAUUCGAAUAAGGCAGCACCUUCGAAGAAGAAGCAGGCGAAGAAACUUGUCGAGGCUGAGGCUCGUGCCCGUGGUAGUGUCAAAUGGAAGGUAUACAAGGCAUAUCUUGUAGCAACGGGAUAUCUUACGUGGGCUUUCCUACUUAUGAUUCUUGGCUUGUCCCAAUUAGGAGGCGUUACGGAAAAGCUUUGGAUGCAGAUAUGGGGAGAGGCCGGGAGUGCAACCGAAUCGUCACCAGCCGUACACUUCUUGACAUUCCACAGGACAAUGGCUCAAGAGUUUGCAUACCACGACGUCCAAAUUACAACUUCAUAUCGAUACCCAAAUAACACUUUCAACCCAUUCACGUCCACUGUCACCAUCACUGCGGAGAAUCCAUUCCCGACCGACCGCUUCCCUUCAGCGAAUGAGCAUCCACUGUUCUAUGUUGGCGUAUUUGCCUGUAUUGGAAUUGGCGUCGUUUUUGUCAACAUUCUAGGACAAAUCAUUUUGUCGAUUGGAGCAUACAAGGCCUCCAAGCAAAUGUUUGCGGACUUGCUCAAGAUGGUCAUGAGGGCCACCAUGCGUUGGUUCGACACCACUCCUACAGGCGAGUGCCGCAUUCUCAAUCGAUUCUCAAAGGAUAUUGAGACCAUUGACUCUUCAUUGGCGUAUUCUCUGCGCUCUACCUUGACCUCGAUUGCGGGCUUCAUUGCUGCCGUCUUGACUAUUGUCAUCAUCUUCCCGGGUUUUGUAGUUCCUGGUACGAUCAUUGGAUUCUGCUACUACAAGCUUAACCAAAGUUAUAUGGACACAGGACGCAACCUGCGUCGGCUGGAUAGCACAAGUCGCUCACCAAUCUUCGCAGCUUUUGGUGAGACUUUGGAAGGCAUCGUGACUGUGCGAGCAUUCUCUGCGGAGCGACGAUUCCUCGAAAAUCUGCACACGCGGGUGGAUGACACGACCAAAUACUUUUACAACUUUCGGAUGAUCAAUCGCUGGUUACUGCUCAACUUUGAUCUACUUGGCGCAACCUCGGUGCUCCUCGCCACCCUGCUUGUUCUUGGAGGCUUCAUAUCCGACUGGCUAGCUGGUCUUACUAUCACCAGUGCUAUGAACUUUACUAGCAGAAUGGUGACUCAACUAGAGCUAGAUCUCAACUCCGUUGAACGCGUCGUCGAAUACAUGGAAUUGCCUCAGGAACCACCAGCGGUCAUCGAGAAUAGUCGACCACCAGCAUAUUGGCCAUCGAUCACCUCGAGUUCGGAGGCAAUAGUGAACGUCAAUAACUUGGUCAUCAAAUAUGCACCUGAUUUACCCGCUGUUCUGCACGGCGUCAGCUUUGAUGUAAAAGCAAGAGAGAAGAUUGGACUUCUCGGACGAACGGGCAGUGGAAAGUCCACUCUCGCCAUGUCUCUCCUGCGCUUCGUCGAGCCGACAGAGGGGAACAUUACCAUCGACGGUAUUGAUAUCGGCAACAUUGGAUUACACGACCUAAGAAAGCGAGUCACCUUUAUUCCUCAAGAUAGCGUCCUCUUCUCCGGUACCAUCCGAGAGAACCUGGAUCCAUUCUCCGAACAUACAGAUGAGGAGUGCCUAGAUGCAUUGUAUCGUGUCGGACUUAUCUCAGAGGCAACAUAUGCCUCGCGUCGUUCGACUCGCCUGUCGUCGGUUGUGGACGUAUCCCCUCCUCAAGAAGCAGAGGAGACUCCCUCUGUACCGGGGACGAGCACACCCCAGAACAAUAAGCUCUCCAAGGUCGACCUGGACACUGACGUCUCUGCCCGAGGCGCCAACUUUAGUCAGGGACAACGACAGUUGAUGUCGAUGGCAAGGGCUCUCUUGCGUCAAAGCAGCAUUGUCAUCCUCGACGAAGCCACAUCCAGCAUCGACUUUAAAACGGACGCAAAGAUUCAAGCUGCAGUGCGCGAAGAGUUUAAGAAUUCGUGUCUGAUCACCAUCGCUCACCGUAUACGAACCGUAAUUGACUAUGACCGUCUGCUUAUCUUGGAUAAAGGGAAUGUUGUUGAAUUCGACACACCGUGGAAUCUUAUUCGGAAGGAGGGGGGAUUGUUCAGAGACAUGUGUCUCAAGAGCGGGACCUUUAGCGAACUGGAGAAGGCAGCCAAACAGGCAGCGAGUCAGUAA